GGGGUCAAAGGGCACGCGGCGCGGGUGUCAUGGCGGCCUCCAUGCUGGGCUCGGCCGGGGACCCGCUGGGGCUCGGUGUCUCCAGCCUGUUGCGUCGCCGGCCGCCCUGGGGUCUGCGCGCGCGCGUGCAGCGGAUGCCUGGGCCCACGGUGUCCGGGCGCAGUGUGGCCGCGGCCAGCGGACCGGGGCCCUCGGGCACUGGGCACUACUGCCUGGAGCUGCUGCGGAAACGAGAUUAUGAAGGUUAUUUAUGCUCCCUGCUGCUCCCUGCAGAAUCCCGAAGCUCUGCUUUUGCACUGAGGGCCUUUAAUGUGGAACUGGCUCAGGUUAAGGACUCAGUCUCUGAGAAGACAAUUGGACUGAUGCGAAUGCAGUUUUGGAAAAAAACUGUGGAAGAUAUAUACUGUGACAAUCCACCACACCAGCCUGUGGCCAUUGAACUAUGGAAGGCUGUCAAAAGACAUAAUCUAACUAAAAGAUGGCUUAUGAAGAUCAUUGAUGAAAGAGAAAAGAAUCUGGAUGACAAACCAUAUCGUAAUAUCCAAGAACUAGAAAAUUAUGCUGAAAACACACAGAGCUCUGUUCUUUAUUUAACGCUAGAAAUAUUGGGUAUAAAGGAUCUUCAUGCAGAUCAUGCUGCAAGUCACAUUGGAAAAGCCCAAGGCAUUGUCACUUGCUUAAGAGCAACGCCGUAUCAUGGCAGCAGAAGAAAGGUGUUCCUUCCCAUGGAUAUUUGUAUGCUGCAUGGUGUUUCACAAGAGGACUUUCUACGAAGGAACCAAGAUAAAAAUGUGAGAAAUGUAAUAUAUGACAUUGCCAGCCAGGCACACUUGCACCUACAGCAUGCUAGGUCCUUCCACAAAAGUGUUCCUGUGAAAGCACUUCCUGCUUUUCUUCAGACGGACCAUGCAAGUUCCGUGCUGCAGAACUCCAGGGGGCACUGUGCACAUGGACUGGGAAGGAAGUGCUGCCUCUUAGAAUCAUGGAGUAUAAAACUAAAAUGUUAUUAAAAUAAAAUAAAAAUGUAUAAAUGAAUAAAGAUAACUGAAAACCAAAAAA